AUUUUCGAGAUGUUAGAUAAAUGUUGAAUAAUGCACAGGAUUAGGGAUUACCUAUCAAUUCAUUACUUAAUCACCAAAAAGUUUGAAUACUUAGUCUUAGCUCACUGGCCGACCAACUCAAUUUUUUUAAGUCAUUCCAAAUUCAUUUUUCGUUUUCUUUUGUUUAGUCCCGUCAAAUAGUUGUCACAUUAAUCGAAAACUAUGCAUUGAUCCACGAAAAAAUAAAUACAUAAUUUUGAUGGAAUGGCACCAAUACGGUACAGUUUGCACUAUGAAGACUACUCUGAACACCUGAUGUCGAGAUUUGGGAAACUGUUACAAAUGCAGUCCUUAGUGGACAUGACACUUAUGUGCAGCUCGCAUACUCUGCGUGUCCACAAAGCAGUCCUAGCUGCAAGUAGCGCAUACUUUCAAGAAGUCUUACAAAAACAGACUGGAGAACCGCUAAUCAUUCUGAAAAUGAAAUUUAGCGUGUUGAAAUGCCUAGUCGAGUUCAUGUAUUGUGGUAAAACCCAAUGCUUGGAAGAGAACCUCGACGAAUUGGUGUCCGCUGCGCAGUUCUUGAAGAUAAAGGGCUUAUCUAAAGUUACUAAAGAGGGAUUGGGUAUCAAUAACCCUUGUGAACUUCCCGUAUUCACUCCUCCGGUCGUCAUAAAUCGCCCGCCACAGUCUCUUAUCGAUAUACAAGCUCAAGUCCAGAAUACGACAGAUCCAAAAGCGUCCACGCCACAGCAGCUCCCUCCAUCAGCACCGAGCCAACCUGUCGACACACUGAACAGAAAUAAUAACAAUGACAUGGUGGUGAGAAUACCGUUCGACAUCGAUGGCGGCUCAGGGAUGAACUACAUGGAUCCCACGCGUGGGGUCAGACCGCGUCGCGGCCGGCCCAGCUUUAAGCGACCCUUAGGAUGGGAGAGUGGCACCGGGAUACGAAACGCGGCUGAACGUGCGCUACUGAGAAGGGAACAGGAUUCAAGGAAGGCCAUACACCAACUCAAGCAUUUACAGACACGACAUAUGCAGGAUUACAUGGAUCAAGUGACACUGUCCCAGGCCGUAAACAGCAUUUGCAAUAAUGACAACUCUCAAAGCUACCUCAAUAUAGACAGCGACCUCAUAUACAUGGAUCAGACGAUGUCUUCCAACACUCUCAACUCUACAACACCUUAUACGAAGGAUACGAUGGGCAACGCGACAAUAACCUCGAAUUAUACUACAGCAGUAACCAGUACUGCUAGUGAGACUAGUGGCAUCAACAGCGCUAUGUCGCAAUAUGUUAAUGCUCUAAAGAAUGCAGGUUUACCCACAGACCUACCGAUCUUGUUCGAAUCUGGUGAUGGCUCUUACAUAAAUGUCAACGAACAAGUCCUUCUCGACAUGGUUCAAAGUAGUGAGAUACAGUACGAGGUCAUCGAACAACCAAAUAUUAUAGAAAAGGUAGCAGACCCAAGAGAAAUCAAAAGUAUAGAUGAAUUAUCCAAAUCGAUAGAGCGUGGAGAAAUGCUUAUGGAUCCAAAAAGUUUUUCGUCAACAAAUGAUUUCGAAAAAGGCAGGAACGUCGAUGAAAAUAAUACUAUUAACAGUUUAAACACCAUACUAUCGGACAAUUUGGAAUCUUUUGGAGGACAUCAAAGCUACGUUGUAUUGGAUCAUAAUCUUCAAGAUAGCAAUACUUCAAUAAGUCAUGAUAAUACAAAUGACUUUUCGUGUAUCGAAAGUGAUAUGCAAUUUUUUACUAAAUCUAUGAGCGACGAUGUCAAAAAAUAUUACGAGGAACAACAAUUGAGUGACGCGAGAGUUAUGGAGCAAUUUUGUCCGACGAGCACUUCUUUGGACACGAGUUUUAGCAUGUCUCUACUUGACACAAAAAGUUCUCAUUUAGAAGACAACAUGAGUCAACAAUAUAGUUCCUUGAACACCGAAGUUUUGAAGAGAAAUGACGAUUGUUAUGACUUUAACUUACAACUGCCGCACUCCAGUGUAUUCAAAGAAGAUACUUUAGACUGCUUGAUGUCACCGAAACAAAAUGAAAAUCAUGGAAAUUACAUCGAAGAUAAUCUAGACGGUGGGGUACAAGAACGAGAUGAAAUUAUUAAGGGUUUGAUGAAUAUUGAGAGUAAGAUAACAAUGGAGCCAAACGAAUUUAUUAGUAAAGAAUCUGAUAACACUAUGGAUUCUAUAAUAUGUGAAGAUGAUAAAGAAAAUAAUUCGGCCGAUAAGAAUACGGAAUUUUCUUCUGCCUAUGAUUUGAAGUGGGACAUGAGCAGUAAAAACGAGAACAUUGAAAGUAAUGAAACUGAAAAUAAUAUUCUUGACUUGAAUACACAGUCACAAAUAUCAGAAUCAAGCGUAGACUUGACAAAGCAUGAUGAACUUGAAACUGAAAAAUGGGAUUCAAUAAAAUAUGAUGAAGGCAUACAUAAAAACAGUGAAGAUUUGACAUAUAAGAGUAUCAGUUCAACUUUGGAUGAAAACAUACCACUUGCUGUUGGACUUUUACCCCUAAAACCGGUGCAACCAUCAGAAGACCAAAGUUUAUUGAAAAGGAAAGGGUCCUAUGACAGCAUGUUAGAUAAUAUGGACGCUAAAUGCCUAAAGCGUAAAACGAAGUAUAAAAAGUGUAAAUAAUAAUAUUAUUACUAUGCGUAAUAUUUAGUAUUAACAAUAUAGAAAAUAACAAAAUG